AUGAGUUUAACAUAUCUUAAUCUUUCAAGCAACAGUUUUUCUGGAGAACUUCCAGAUUGCUGGAGCCAUUUGGAGACUCUAGUCAUGCUUGAUUUGAGUAACAACGCUUUUUCCGGAAAAAUUCUCAUGACAAUAGGCUCUUUAUUUCAAAUGCAAACUUUGAAAUUAAGCAGCAACCGAUUUGUUGGAGAAUUGCCUUCAUCCUUGAAGAACUGCAAAAGUUUAGAGGUUAUUGAUCUGGGAGAUAAUAAAUUAUCAGGACCAAUACCUACAGGCUUAGGUGUGAGCUUCAAUAAUUUGGUUAUCCUGAUGCUUUCCACUAAUCACUUCAAUGGAAGCAUGCCCUCACAAUUAUGCCAUCUAACACACAUUCAAAUUAUGGAUUUCUCUAUGAAAAUCUCUGGAAGAAUACCCAAAUGCCUCAACAAUUUGACUACUCUGGCUCAAAAAGGAAAUCCAAGUCUAUUCAGCACACAUACUUUUUUCAGAAAUGUGGAUCAUAACUCAAUUGUUAGUACUAAUUAUGAGGAUGAUGCAAGCUUCAUAUGGAAAGGAAGAAUGCAGACAUACAAAAGCACUUUAGGCCUUGUGAAGAGAAUUGAUCUCUCAAGCAAUAGAUUAACAGGGGAGAUUCCAAGUGAAAUCACUUAUCUUGUUGAGUUGGUUUCUUUAAACCUUUCAAGAAACCGGUUAACAGGUCAAAUAACUCCAGAGAUUGGAAACUUGCAGUCGUUGGAUACUCUUGAUUUGUCAAGAAACCAAAUAGAUGGAAGAAUUCCGACAAGCCUUGCUCGGAUAGAUCGUCUUAGUUUCUUGGACUUGUCAUAUAACAACUUGUCUGGUAAAAUACCAACAGGCACUCAGCUCCAAAGCUUUGAUCCCCUUGAUUAUGCUGAAAAAUUCUCUACUCUGUGGACCUCCACUUAA